GUGGGGUUCCACACCUACUCGUGACGAUAGCACACUCCACCCGACUACUCUCUCAUUCGGCUUGUUUGUUCAUUGUAUCUUUCACUUCCUAAUCCUAUCACACACCGCAGAUUACAUUGAAGAAGAAGGUAAAGUUGAGAAAUGCCAGGAAUCAGAUCACCAUCUGACUAUUCACAAGAGCCUCAACGUCAUCCUGCUCUUAAAAUUAACGCCAAGGAGCCCUUCAAUGCCGAGCCAAGACGCCAAGAUUUGGUUUCUUCUUAUGUGACACCUACGGAAUUCUUCUACAAGAGAAACCAUGGACCAAUACCUAUUGUUGAUGAUAUACAAAGAUAUUGUGUCUCUGUUCAUGGGCUAAUUGAGAAGCCCAAAGACCUGUAUAUGAAAGAUAUUAUGAAUCUUCCAAAAUAUAAUGUCACUGCCACUUUACAGUGUGCUGGCAAUAGAAGAACUGCAAUGAGCAAAACCAGAACUGUAAGAGGAGUUGGGUGGGAUGUUGCUGCCUUAGGAAAUGCAAUAUGGGGUGGAGCAAAACUUGCAGAUGUUCUUGAACUGGUUGGCAUACCCAAGUUAACAAGUACCACACCUGCAGGUGGCAAACAUGUAGAAUUUGUGAGCAUUGACAGGUGCAAGGAGGAAAAAGGGGGUCCAUACAAGGCGUCAAUUCCACUAAGUCAGGCAACAAAUCCAGAAGCUGAUGUUCUGCUUGCUUAUGAGAUGAAUGGAGAGACUCUGAAUAGGGAUCAUGGGUAUCCACUGAGAGUAGUAGUCCCAGGGGUUAUUGGUGCUCGUUCUGUCAAGUGGCUGGAUACCAUCAACAUAGAUUCCCAAGUCUGCCAGGGAUUCUUUCAGCAGAAAGACUAUAAAAUGUUUCCACCAACAGUAAAUUGGGACAACAUUGAUUGGUCUACCAGGAGACCACAAAUGGAUUUCCCUGUUCAGAGUGCAAUAUGCUCCUUAGAGGAUGUGAAUGUGGGGAAGAAUGGAAAGAUAGCUAUAAAAGGAUAUGCAGUUUCAGGAGGUGGACGUGGGAUUGAGAGAGUUGAUAUAUCGAUUGAUGGGGGUAAAACAUGGAUGGAGGCAUCCAGAUACCAAAAGCCUGGAGUCAAAUACAUUGCUGAUGAAGAAAGAAGCGAUAAAUGGGCUUGGGUACUUUUUGAAGCUGAAGCUGAUAUAAACUCAAAUACAGAGAUAAUCGCCAAAGCAGUGGACACGGCUGCAAAUGUUCAACCUGAAAAGGUUCAAGACAUCUGGAACUUGAGGGGAAUUCUUAACACAUCAUGGCAUCGUGUUCAUAUACAAGUUAGGCAUUCAAGCAUGUAAGGCGAAUGAAUCAAAAUACAUGGCAAUAAUAAAAUAUCUACUAGUCUGUGUGAAACUUUUUCUUCUAUUUCUUGGGUUUUGUAACAUAAAUUGAUAUCUUGGUAAUGUAAGUUUUGAUUGAAUAAAUGUACGAGAAUUAACUAA